ACUCCACAUUUAACUUCAAUGGAAGUUUUUAAAUUUUUUCCUCUUAUUUUCCUCUUUAUUUCCCUCCCUGAGCUUUCCAAUGUCAAUGCAUUUCCAUCUAGUGAGUUAAAAACAUACAUUGUCCAUGUGAAAAAAUCAGGUGGUCACAUUUUCGCCCUAUCAGAUGACACGAAAAACUAUCAUAAAUCAUUUCUUCCCAGUACCUUUGCCGACUCUGAUCACGACCAGGAGCGAUUACUUUACUCGUACCAAAAUGUGAUCAGCGGCUUCUCAGCAAGACUGACCAGAAAGGAAAUCGAAGCCAUGAAACAAAAGGAUGGCUUCAUUUCAGCACAUCAAGAAAGAGUGUUGCAUCCACUGACAACACACAGUCCUAGUUUCCUAGGGUUACACCAAGAAACGGGAUUUUGGAAACAAUCAAAUUUUGGCAAGGGAGUUAUUAUAGGAGUGCUGGAUACCGGAAUUUUCCCGAGCCAUCCUUCAUUUAGCAGCAAAGGGAUGCCGCCUCCACCAGCAAAAUGGAAGGGGAAAUGUGAGUUCAAGGCAUCAGAGUGUAAUAACAAACUAAUCGGAGCAAGAUCAUUUAACAUUGCGGCUAGCGCCUCGAAAAUAAAUGACGAGACACCACUCGAUGAUGAUGGUCAUGGGACUCAUACAGCUAGUACCGCUGCGGGUGUAUUUGUCAGUGGGGCUAGCGUUCUUGGCAAUGCUUAUGGCACUGCAGUUGGAAUGGCACCUCAAGCUCACCUGGCAAUAUACAAGGUGUGUUUUGGCCCCGACUGCCCUGAAAGUGAUAUAUUAGCUGGACUUGAUGCAGCCAUAGAAGAUGGCGUUGAUGUACUCUCUAUCUCCAUCGGUCAGGAGUCACUGCCAUUUUUCCAAGAUAACACGGCAGUAGCAUCAUUUGCAGCAAUUCAGAAAGGGAUAUUCGUAAGCUGUGCAGCAGGAAACUCUGGCCCUUUCACGGAAACUAUGUCAAAUGAGGCCCCGUGGAUUCUUACAGUCGGAGCGAGCAACAUUGACAGAAGCAUCAGAGCCACAGCAAAAUUAGGAAAUGGAGAAACUUUUGAUGGUGAAUCUGUUUUCCAGCCGAUGGACUUCCCUUCUACUCUGAUGCCACUUGUUUACGCUGGUUCCAAUGGUAAACAAGACUCUGCAUUUUGUGCAAAUGGAUCCUUGGCAGGUAUUGAUGUCAAAGGAAAGAUUGUAAUGUGUGAGAGGGGAGGAGGUAUCGCAAGAUUGGACAAAGGACAGGUAGUGAAAAAUGCAGGCGGGGCUGGAAUGAUACUAGCAAAUCAAGAAUCUGAUGGAUUCAGCACUUCAGCUGAUGCUCAUGUCCUCCCUGCAGCACAUGUGAAUUAUGCUGCUGGAUUGAAGUUCAAAGCCUAUAUAAAUUCGACAAAUUCUCCUAUGGCCGGACUCUUAUUCAAAGGGACCAUAAUCGGAGACCCUUUGGCUCCAGCAGUCGCCUCAUUUUCCUCUCGCGGCCCAAGUUUAGCUAGUCCCGGAAUUCUAAAACCCGAUGUCAUUGGACCGGGAGUAAACAUCCUCGCAGCAUGGCCUUUUGCUCUAGAUGGUAAUACGAACACGAAAUUGACCUUCAACAUUGACUCAGGCACGUCAAUGUCGUGCCCUCACCUUAGUGGGAUUGCAGCAUUGCUCAAAAGCUCGCACCCAGACUGGUCUCCAGCUGCAAUCAAAUCUGCUAUAAUGACAUCAGCUGAUCUGCUGAAUCUUAAAGGGGCAGCAAUAGUUGAUGAAACUCUUCAACCAGCUGAUGCUCUCUCAACUGGCUCUGGCCACGUUAAUCCAUCGAAGGCAAAUGAUCCUGGGCUCGUUUAUGACAUUGAACCAGACGACUAUAUCCCGUACUUAUGCGGCCUAGGCUAUACAGAUGAACAAGUUGGGAUAAUUGCACAUAGAUCAGUCCAUUGCACAGCAAAAAUUCCAGAAGGACAGCUAAAUUAUCCAACAUUUUCUGUUGCACUUGGACCAUAUCAAACUUUCACAAGGACAGUUACGAAUGUUGGUGAGCCACAUUCAUCAUAUGCUGUCAAGGUUGUUACACCACGAGGAGUCAGCAUUAUCGUAAAACCCAACCGGCUUUAUUUUACAAAGGUGAACCAGAAACUGUCAUAUUCUGUGACAUUCAGCAGCAGCAACAAGAAGAUGAACAACACAUUUGCUCAAGGGUAUUUGGAAUGGGCAUCCAACAAAUAUAAUGUUAGGAGUGUAAUAUCUAUUAAAUUUGUCUAAGUUAUGGAUGUGGAUCAGGGUGCAAUUAUUGACUUAAAUGGGUAAUUGUGAUUUUGCAAUCAUAUAACUUCCAAGAAUUCUUGAGCAUGUUACGGAAAUCAUCAACAUUUCUGCUUUCUUUUUCAUAAUAGGAGAACCAAAAAGGUAAUCAAUCAACGGAAUAAAGGUUACUUAAGCCAAAUAUUCAAUAGAUUCUACUGCCAGUUGGCUCAUGUCAAUUGCAAAACUUGAAUGACAGUAAACUAAUGAACCUGAGACCAAAGACAUAAUUACUAUAUAUAGAACAAGGUUAUUCUUCUGCUAUACAACAUUUUAUUAAUGAAUCAAAGGAUUGCAUUGAACUGUAUAUUUCCUUAUUUAAAAUUUCCCAGCUAGAUUAGCAUCUAGGUGUAUAGGAAAUGAUUUACCGUUAA